AUGUGGAGUAGAUUUAUAUUUAAACGACAGACAAGGAGGUUUUUUUCUACGUUUUCUAAAAUUCAAGGUAACUCUAUCAGACUGAGUAGUACCAUCCAAACAAGAAUAAAGAUCCCUAUUAACGAUUCACAGACGAUAGAUGCACCUAUUGAGGAAGGUCUCAAGCAGGUCAAGAUCCUUACAGAUGAAAAUAUUACAACAGAUGAACUUCUGAAGAAGAGGUUCAACAUUAGUGUUGACGGAAAUGUGUAUCACGUACAUCCUGACAUCUCUACAAUGGUUACUUUGAAGCAUAAAGCUAAAAUUGACGAAAUCUUAGGAGAGCAUAAAUAUACAGGAGUUAGAAGAGUCCUCAUUUCAAUGUUCCUGGAUCACCUUUUAGAUGAUCUCCCAGAUAAAGAACUUAGCAGGCUUGAUAUUAAAUUAGCUAUUGAUCGUGCGAAGAAGACUUACAGUUCAGAUAAAAAGAAAGAGAUGCUGGGAAAUAUCAAAGAAGAGCUUAAGAAUAUUGAUGAAGAAUUAUCCCAUCAAUACCAUCCACUUAAGCAGAUGUGUGAGACCAGAGCUGCCAGUUAUGCCAGCAAAAUGAUCUUAUUCGGAGUAACUAUGGCAGCUGGACAAGUCGGAGGAUUCGCAUAUCUUAUCUAUGGAGUAUAUGGUUGGGACGAUAUCGAACCAGUCACAUACCUUGUAGGAGCCUUCUAUGCCUGGCUAUCAAUGGCAUUUUGGUUUAGGUACAAAGAAGAUUGGGAAUGGUCAAGUGCAUAUGAUGCUUUCUACCAAAGAAAACUUGCUAAACUACUCAGGUCCCAAUCAUAUGAUGAAAAGAGAGUGAACUUUUUAAAGAGCUACCAAAAGAUGCUCAAAAGACAACUAGAUUUACUUGAAUCCUAGACCUCAUUUCAAAAGAUUUUAUUCAAUGAAAUAUUUUU